GCCUCCUGCCCUGGGCUGCUUCCCCCACUGGGCUUCCCAUGCCUCCACCAACCAAAGUCCACCCGUCAGGAGACCUCAAAACCCAAGGACGCCCACCCAGGCCUCAGGACAUUAUUCCCAGCAGUGGGAAAGAGUUGAUCCUUCCUGAUCCGGUACCCACUCCACCCCCAUCCCCUGUACAGUCAUCCACAAGCUGGAAAGCACCUGGGUCCUCGCCCAGAUCUCAGAGCAAUCACACUCACAGCCAGAAAGAGGUAUUAGGACUGGAUUCUGUGGAUACUGCUGUGCAGUCUUUCUUAUCCAGAGAACAUUAUCUUUGGAAGGAAUUGGACAAGCAUUUGCAGCAUCAGGAGUUGUUGAAUGUGAGAAGGCAGGAAUUGGUGCAUAAACAAUGGGUUGAAAGUGUUUCUAGGCCUCUGCUCAGUGCGGUUUCACAAAAAAUCGAGAGCCAGUCAUCAAGAGAAAUUGAGAGAAGAAGACAAGUUCAAUUAGCGGAAUAUUUAAAAAACCAAAAGGAAAAGGGCACUCUGUUUUUGGAAACAUAUGAUCCUGAAGAGUACGAUCCACUUCAACACAAGAACCUGGGUCAAUUGGAGGUUAAAAUCCCACGCUUGCGGGACCCUCUGAAUAAAGCCGCAGAGGACAGGCUUGAGGAGGACAGAACCAUACUGCAAUGUCGGACAGGAAACUUGUAUACAGUGCAAGAGUACAAAGAAAUCGUUGAAGCAAGGAGGAGAUUACGGAGGUUGCGGUGGCGGUGGUGGUGAUGAAAACAGAUCAGGACAGGUGUGGAAAAAGACAGAAUAUCACCCCUUCCCUCUGCCCACCUCAAAACCUUUCACCCCUCUCGAGUCAACAUCCCCCUGGAAAGUCGACCCCAAACCAAAAGGGAAAAGAUAACGCCUUCGGUUCCUGCUACAUAGUGAAUGAUCUAAAAGCAUCAAUUUACCAAGAAUGGAAUCUGGUACAAGGAGUCGGAAUCAACAUGCUAACAUUCCCUCUCCAGCAGGACGGGAUCGUCAAUCUUCUGUUGGAAAAGUGCCUUUGAACACCUCAACCUCUUCGGUAUUUCCCUUUCUACUGAUCCUUGAUAACAACGUCUAAAGUUUGGGCUUUAAAUGAGACAGGUCGACAUAAGCAUUCACUCAUAUGUAGCUUCAAACCUUUCUCAAGGUUUAAUAAAACAUCUCUGCAAUCA